AUGGCUGACCAUCAAGAAACCAAACUUGAUGUGAACAGUCCCAGAGCCAAUCACAACCACACCAGGGAGCGGAAGCAGAAGAACAAUGGGAGGUGGGACUGGCUCGCAGGACCACGACCGGAUAUCCUAUCUCCUUUUCAGAAAUUUGUCUUAGACGGAGUGGAUUGGACUGCGUCGCCUCUAGGUCCCAUAGCUCAAUGGCCUAUACAACUCAAACAAGUGGUUUUUGCGGUAGAACGUGACACACAACCCGCGGUCGUAUUUUGGGGGGAGUUGAUGACGAUUGUUUACAAUGAGGCAUAUUCACAGCUCAUUGGUAACAGCCACCCCAAGCUUCAAGGAAACGAUCCAAGAACUGAUUUCAAGGGUCUUUGGCCUCAAUUCGAGAAGCUGCUGGUCAAGCAACGGAUGGAUGCCGAAACGGUUGUUGAUGAUGAUGCACUCGUUAUGAUCGAUCGCCAUAAUUUCUUGGAAGAGACAUAUUUCAGCUGGAAAUUCAUCCCCCUACUUGGGGUUGAUGGUUGCGUAUCGGGGAGUUACGUUACAGUUGUCGAAACGACACGAGAAGUACUUAUCGAGCGAAGAAGUGCCAUCGCACGUUCUUUGAGUCGGGAAUUAGCUCGAACAGGAACAACAACGGAAAACAUAUGGAGGCGAAUUAUCGCUGGACUCGCGGACGCUGGCAGAGAUAUGACAAGUGCCGUAGUUUACUCGCUGAAGUCUGCGGAUGGAACCUCAGUUGGAGCAUCAACUUGUAAGGAAUUUCGACAUGAAGCUGGGACCGGCAUCAUAAGCGGCCGUGAGUUAGUACCAGCAGUAUAUAUAAUGAAUGACUGCGUUCCUACCAGUCUUGAAAUUCCGAUACGAAAAUCAAUCGAAUCCAGAAAAAUUGAGGUGGGACCCCUUCCGAAAUUCGAACAACCAGUCGCAUGGCGAGACGACAUCAUACCAACCGAUUUUGCAUCUUGUCCCAUAAUCUCUACGGAUACAGAUGAGUUACUAGCAGUUCUAGUACUGGCACUCAAUCCCGGAAGGCCCUUCGAUGGCGAAUACCGAAAUUUUAUUGAGAUGCUCAUACAGCAGAUCAUAACGCCUCAGGUUACUGCCACAAUGACAGGUGAAAGGCGCCAGACCAUCGAACGACAAGAGAUAAUCCACAGAGAGAAAUUGUUGAAAGAGCUCUCAAAAAGCGAGUCGAACUUAGCGAGGAUAACAACAAGAGCCCCGUUCGGGAUGGCCAUUCUUAAUAUUGACGGAUCUCCUGUUACAGCCAACCAACACUGGCAAGAUCUCACCACAUUGGACCUUGAAUCUAGUAUAGCUGAUUGGGAAAGAGUCCUUAUGCCAGGGGAACUGGAUAUUGCUUUGGAAUCAUGGGACCGCGUUUGCACUCAUGGCGAGGCGGUUAAGUAUCAAACAGCAAUCAACAGGCCCUGGAGACCCGCAGGCGCCGACGUCGACGCAGACGACGAAGAACAUAAUUGCACGCAUAUCAUAUUCACAACAUUUCCCAACUUUGAUGAGAACGGAAAAGUUGCCACCGUCAUGUCAUAUCUCACCGAUAUAAGUGAAAUAAAGUGGUCUGAGAGACAGCUGAGAAAGAGAAUGGAACAAGCGAUCGAGAUGAAGUUGCAACAGGAGCGUUUUAUUGACAUGACAAGGUUAGUUUUGUGUCUCAGUUUCUUGUUUCUAUCUAUGUGACCUCGGUGCUCAUGGAAGGAGGACAUUGGAGUAUAGCAUUGGGAAUGAGACUUGCUUGAUACCAACUCCCUCCUAUCCCAAGCAGCGUCCAUUGAUCGGGUUUUGAGCGUUUCAAACGAAGCUCAUCUACCGUGUCCUGCGGAUCAGAUUUACCCCUAGGGUAAAUAGGAGAUUUGAAAGAUUUACUCGAACCCUCGGAAUCAUGCGCAGAAGUACGAGUGUUGGUUUUCUUGAGCUUCUUAAUAUUUUACGAUAGUUUCUGUCGCGAUGCUUGCAUGUCAUUCAGCGCUAUGAUUGUGCUCACAGACAACCUUAACAGUUCACAAUGCUGACAGUGCCUCCCAAGUCAUGAAAUGAGAAAUCCGUUAUCAGCACUUAUGUAAGCAACUUUCCACUUAAUACCAACUUCAAAUUUCUUUGUUCAGUGCGCAAGAGGGCUUACGAUUUUCACUUCCUGCUUCCGACUCCUAAUUCAACAAAAAUUGUGCUCAUUGUUCUAGUGGUUGUGCCGACGAAAUCAUCGCUGCACUUCGAGAUUACCGCAUGACCAUCCAAAACCCCCAUUUUUGGCCCUUGCCACCGUCCCCUACACAUGAGCGCAAUGAAAGGCAGCCAUAUGUCGAACCCCUUGAAGAAUGCAUCGAAUCAGCAAAGACAAUAAUAUACUGUGCUAUGCAUCAGAAACGAAUAAUAGACGACAUAUUAACGCUCUCUCGCCUGGACUCCAACUUGCUUCCAGUUUGCCCAGAACCCUCUCAACCAAUCCAUCUCAUCAGAUCUGCCAUGAAGAUGUUUGAUAAUGAGCUCAGACAUGCUGCGAUUGAGUUUGAAUUCAUCGAGGAGGCAUCAAUCCAAACUCUUGGUGUCCAUUGGACAUUACUGGACCCUUCCCGUGUCCUUCAGGUUUUGAUAAACCUCAUGACAAAUGCCAUCAAGUUUACUCGAUCACUGCCAAACGCCCGGAUUCAAAUCAAUGUAGGAGCAUCUUUACAAUUACCUUCGGAAACGAAUGAGCAUGGAGUCGAAUACGUUGCGAAAAGCAAAAACAGCAGUAACCAGGACCAGACGGGAAAGGCAGAGUGGGGAGAUGGUGAAAUUAUUUACCUCAGCGUUACUGUGAAAGAUACCGGCUGUGGUUUGAGCAGGGAGCAGAAGACGAACCUCUUUCGACUUUUUCAACAAGGAAGUCCCAGAACCCAUAUUCAGUACGGAGGAUCAGGACUAGGUCUCUUUAUUUCUCGCCAACUUGUUGAGAUGCAGGGGGGCCAAUUCGGAGUUGUCUCGGAGCUGGGGAAAGGCUCAACUUUCCAUUUCUAUAUCAAGACGCGGAGAACGCAUCCGCCAAAAUCAGAGGACUUGGGCUCCGCAAAUAAUGAUAUUCAGCUCAUGAUGAGUCAAGAUGCUCUUCGAGAGGCAUGCGGUGUUCAAAUAUCUCCUGUACAAGAGGUGGUUGAAGACAAAAUGUCGAAGUUGGAAAUAGGAGAAGUUGCGGCAGAACGCUCUCGCAAAGCCUCGACAAAACCGAAUCCCAGCUACAACAUCUUAGUAGUGGAAGACAAUUUAGUGAACCAAAAGGUUGUCACGAAACAGCUGCGUAAGGCGGGACAUACCGUGUCAGUGGCCAACCAAGGGGAAGAGGCUAUGGAGUUCAUUCAGCGCUCGGAAUAUUGGGCGCCCAGUAAGUCUUCUGGCGAUGGCACAAGAGAAAAACUUGAUGUCGUUCUGAUGGAUCUUGAAAUGCCGAUUUUGGAUGGGUUGAGCUGCGUUAAACGUAUUCGGCGGCUGCAAAGAAAAGGCCAAAUUCUUAGGCACGUGCCCGUUAUUGCGGUGACAGCAAAUGCUCGCAAAGAUCAAAUCUUGGAUUGUAUCGAAGCUGGAAUGGUGAGUUGAUUUGCAUCAAGGAUUCUAUUAUGGUGUGGGGAUUGACUAAAUGUACGCAGGAUGAUGUGACAACGAAACCUUACCGCAUGAAAGAUAUGCUUCAACAGAUCGAUGCUUUGAUGGCGAAGGACUUUUCUUGCUAGAAAUAGGAAGAAUGGAUUCAUAGAUCCGUAAUGUAAUAGGAUAGAAUGUUAGGUGAAACGAGACAAAUGAGUUAUGAUGGUCGUUUAGGAUUUCAAGAUCUUGGCCGUUUUGUGUCUCUGAAUUUGGAGCGUGGGAAAUAGUCUAGAUUCAUUAGACGCAUUAUAUUAACAGAUUUGUACGAGUUGCAGAUCUUGUACUUGAAAAUUUGAAGCG